CCCAACUCGCGCGACCACUCUCUGGGCCAGCAACAGCAAUGUCAGCACCUCCGGUACUUAUCCUCGAUAACGGCGCGUAUGAAAUCAAAGCCGGUUUCUCUGGGAUUGAUUGGGACCCUCGGGUAACGAUACCGAAUUCCAUAGCACGCUCUCGCACAGAAAAGAAGGUGUAUGUGGGCGAUGAAAUCGAUGGGUGUAAAGAUCUCUCGGGGAUUGUGUACCGGCGGCCUUUCGAGAAGGGCAUGCUCGUGAAUUGGGACUCGGAAAAGCUGAUUUGGGAUCGCUUGUUCUCACCAGCAGUGCUCGAUGUGGACCCACAAGAAACGUCGUUACUCGUGACAGAACCAUAUUUCAAUCUCCCCAACAUUGCCGAAACAUAUGACCAGAUGAUUUUCGAAGAAUGGGAGUUUCAGAGUUACUUUCGGACGACCCCUGCGGAUCUGAUACCGUAUGGCGGGCUCUUUGAGAAUGAUCUUGGAAUCCCGCCACAAUGUACGGUGGUUGUAGACAUUGGAUACUCCUAUACUCACGUCGUUCCCAUAAAGGACGGUCAAGUUGUCUGGCAACAUGUCAAACGGAUCGACGUUGGUGGAAAACUCCUGACGAACCACCUCAAACACCUCAUCUCUUUCCGGCAAUGGAAUAUGAUUGACCAGACGCAUGUUGUCAAUGCCGUCAGAGAAGCGUGUGGAUAUGUCAGUAUGGAUUGGAAGGGGGACAAUGAGAUCUGCAAGCAAAAUCCAAGAAAAAACGGUAUCGUCCAAGAGUACGUCCUACCGGACUUUUCAGCAGCUUCCACCUCCACUUCUCGCACAGGCUACAUCCGAUCCGGACCCAAUGCUUCCAUACCAGAAGAUGUUCACAGGGGUGAGGAUGUGGAUAUGGAUGGUGACACCAGAAUGGAUGGUAAAAGAAAACGGAAAGUGGCGGAAGAAGAGGAAGAGCAGGUUCUGUGGAUGGGGAACGAACGCUUUGCCGGGGCCGAGUUGUUAUUCAACCCUUCAGAUAUUGGGCUGGAACAAAUGGGGCUGCCAGAGACAAUAGCGCAUGUCAUCUCGUGCAUGCCUGAAGAACUGAGAGGGAUGUUCUGGGCUCAUAUCGGUAUCUUUGGGGGGCUGGGUAACAUUGAGGCUCUGGGAGAAAGACUAGAAAAAGAUCUCCAAUCAUUAUGCCCAGUCGGCUAUGAGAUAGGCAUAUUUGAGGCCUUUGAUCCUGCAACCCCGCCAUAUACUUCAGCAGCAGCUUUGACCUCAUCUGAUAUCUACUUGUCCACCUACCCAGUCACGCGCGAAGAAUAUUUGGAGCAUGGGUCUUCCAUCUGCCGCCGGCGGUUCGGCGGUCCAGCAUACAAUGUGCAACUCCCCUCAUCAGUCCUUACCGGCGGUGCUGGAGUCGGAGACGAAGGCGUAGAGGGCGCAGCACUGGACGAACACGAACAAGAAAUGAGGUACAUCAUGGGACUUGAAAGCAUCAAGGGGCGGAAGACCAAGGGCAAGAAGGGCAAGACUGGAAAAGGAAAAGAAGACGAGGAGGUCAUCAGCGGGAAUUGGGGCGGAAGACGGCGUAGAACGAUGGGGGGCAUGUAGAUUUUGGGGUCCUGGUGCACAUAUAAUCACGAAGCUGUGUGAUUGCUACACUAUGCAUGCAUGCGGC